AUGCUUCUUUGGUGCUUCUGAAUUUCUGAAGAAGACACACACCGUCUUUAUGUGUUACGGUGUGUAAUUUUUCUUGGCAACUGCACCAACAACACCAUCAUCGUCUUCUGCUGAUAAUUACGUCUUGAAACAAGUCGAAUCUGGAGAAAGACGGUCGUAUGUUUAUGUAAUUGAUGGCGAAAAGUGGGGUGUUUGAAGGGGAUCAGAGCGUGGCGGUGGCGAGGGCGACGACGGAGUUGAAGAAGGAAUUACAGAGACUUGUUAAAGCGAUCAUUGAAGAUUCGUCGUCAGAGGAAGAACCAAAUGGAUUUGGAUUUAUUGAGAGAGCCAAUCAGACUUUGCAAGCUUUGAAGGAGUUGAAAGAAGGAGGGAAACAACGAUCUAUCAAGAGAAUCAAUAAUAAUAACAAUGAAAGUUCCACGUCACUUUGGGCUUCUUGCCCUCAGGAAUUUCGUUGCCCUCUCUCUAAAGAACUCAUGAGAGAUCCUGUUAUCCUCUCUACUGGUCAGACAUAUGAUAGGCCAUUUAUCCAAAAAUGGUUAAAAGCUGGGAACAGGAUAUGCCCUCGGACUCAACAAGUUCUUUCACACACCAUUCUAACACCAAAUUACUUGGUUAGAGAUAUGAUAUCACAAUGGUGCAAGAAUCGUGGUGUCCAAUUUCCUGGCCCUCUUCAGUAUGCAGAUGAAGAUGGAUUAACAGAAGCCGAUCGCGAUCUUUUCCUAUCUCUUCUCAAGAAAAUGUCAUCCACCCAGUCUGAACAGAAGGAAGCGGCUAGGACUUUGCGGUCAUUGACGAAGAGAAUGCCUUCUUUUCGGGCAUUAUUUGGCGAAUCUCUUGACGCCAUCCCUCAAUUGCUAACCCCAUUUUGCCAAAGCAAGUCUCAGAACGAAAUCCACCCUGAUCUUCAAGAAGAUCUGAUCACCACCCUUUUGAAUCUUUCUAUUCAUGAUAAUAACAAGAAGCUUGUUGCAGAGACACCAAUGGUUGUACCUCUGCUGCUGGAUGCUUUGAGAUUUGGGACAAUUGAGACCAAAAGCAAUUCCGCUGCUACCCUUUUCACCUUAUCGGCCCUUGACUCCAAUAAAUCCCUAAUCGGAAAAGCCGGUGCUUUGAAACCCCUCAUUGAUCUUCUGGAAGAGGGACAUCCAUUGGCAAUGAAGGAUGUUGCUUCUGCUAUCUUUAAUCUGUGUAUCAUCCAUGAAAAUAAAGCUAGAGCUGUGAGGGAUGGUGCUGUGAGAGCACUAUUGAAUAAAAUCAAAAACCGGGUUCAUGUGGACGAGUUAUUGGCUAUCCUUGCCAUGCUUUCAAGCAACCAAAAAGCUGUUGAAGAAAUGGGAGAUCUUGGAGCUGUUUCUUGCUUGCUUUCUUUAAUAAAGGAAACAAAUUGUGCCCGAAACAAGGAGAAUUGCAUUGCUGUUCUAUACACCAUCUGUUACUAUGAUAGAACAAAAUGGAAGGAGAUGAGGGAUGAAGAGAGUAGUUAUGGCACACUCUCUCAAAUCGCGCAAAAUGGCACUUCAAGAGCCAAGCGAAAAGCCAAUGGCAUACUCGAUAGGCUCAACAGAGCCAUCAACCUUACCCACACCGCCUGAGUUCAAUGGGUUCUCCCCAAAAAAAGACGUGUAAAUUCCACAUCUUCUAUGUCAUUACAAAUCCGAUAGCAGGGUUCAUUCGCUUCAUGUCAGGUUUGAAUUAUAGUUAACCUUGUUCCGUCUUUUAGACCUCAAUUUUGUAAAUUCUUGUCCCGUGCUUGAGAUUAUAGUCACUGUGAAUAAUUACUA